AUGGAGUCCCACAACACCAGAGGUGGACACCUGGAUGCAACGGCUGGCCGGGAGGUGGUAUACUGCCAUGCCUGCUCGCACGAGUGGUGGCAAGACGAGCACGGCCUGCAGUGUCCUCGCUGCGACAGCGAAAUCACAGAGAUCGUCUCUCCAGAGAACGACCCCAGAGAGAUUGAAGACGGUCCCCCGCUCCAUGACUCCCCAAGUCGCAGAGGCAGAUAUGACGACGAUUCCGAUCCCGACGAGGCCGAUAUAGAGGAGCACUUGCACCGCGGCCCUGGCGGUUUCGUCGUUCACCGGACCAUAUGGGACAACUCUCAGCGGCCCAGUCAGAGCCCCCACCCGAACACACGGCAGCCUCCGGACGCGAAUGAUGGCGACCAAAUCAUUCGCCGCUUCAUCGACAUGGUCAACGACUUUGGCUUGGGCAUGCCUCCGCGACCGCCCGAUGAAACCCGCCCCCCUGGCUUCGCUGGCGGCGGUCUCUUUGGCGGCCCGGCCAAUGUACGCACCUAUCACAGAGCAGGUCCGGGAGGCACCACAAGCUUCACGAUCGCUACCGGGCCCAUCCAUAUCCAGCAAGGAGGUGUCCGCUCUCCCGUUGGGCCCGGAAGCGAUCCGUUCCAGUCGUACGUCCGCCUCAACAGCCCUCGUGGCCAGUCGCCUUCUGGAUCUCGAAUCACGAUGGUCUCCAUCAGAACGAGUGCUAACCAGGCUCCCAGUAUCUUCAGCAGCGUGCUUGCCGGAGCAGGACCUCCCCAGCCCGGAGGGACCUCUGGUCCUGGUCAAGCUCAGGACCAGGGGGCGCCUGGCGGAGCGCCCACGCUCCUCCAGGAGAUCCUUAGCAUGCUCAACCCGGCCAAUGCCUCUCAUGGUGAUGCCGUGUACACUCAAGAGGCCUUGGACCGCAUCAUCUCGCAGUUGAUGGAGCAAAACCCGCAGAACAAUGCUGCACCCCCGGCGACUGAAGACGCUCUUCGCAAGCUGGAGCGCAAGAAGGUGGACAAGGAGAUGUUAGGCCCUGAUGGCAAGACCGAGUGUACCAUCUGCAUCGACGGGUUUAGUGAGGGCGAUGACGCCACGGUGUUGCCCUGCAAGCACUGGUUCCAUGACCAGUGCGUUGUAAUGUGGUUGAAGGAGCACAACACCUGUCCGAUAUGCCGCACCCCUAUCGAAAAGCCCAGCAGCGGCAACGCCAAUAAUGCUAACGCGAGCGGACCGAACACGAACCCGAACGCCAAUGCUUCUCAGCGUGCACCCACUGAGGCGCCUGGCUCAUCAGAAAGCUCACACCACCCGUUCGACUGGGGUGAUGCGCCGCCUGGAAUGCCCGGUCAUUGGGGAGCUACAGCUUUCUCUCCCCGACCGCCCUACUACCAGCAAACCCCUCCGGUCCCCGAUGCCUCCACCCGACCCCAGAGAUCGCCCAUGACCAACUGGGACGUGCCCUUCCCUGUCUAUGGAGGUUCUAGCACAGGCCGGGACGAGGCUUUGAAUACUGACCUGCCUUCGCGUCCCCGAGAAGCAGGCCGGACGCCCAGUUUCCCGUCUCGACGGGACUCUCAUUCGCCCCCAAGCAUUCGCCGGCAUCAGUCUGAUUCGUCCCGAGCUAGGCAGCGGAGCCCGUCGUCCGGCAACUGGGACCGCGAUCGCGAUAAUAACCAGGACACUGGUUCAAACCAUGGUCCGCUGAACUGGCUGAGACACCAGUUCUCCCGAGGACCUGGCUCUGGGGACAACACACGAGAGCGACGGAGACCAUAA